CAGCACUCCAUCCAGAUUUGUGCUGCUUUCAGAGAAAGAGAACCAGGAAGUGAAAGCGUACACAUGGAGGGUGUGUCUUCCCCUCUCUUUGUAGGUUUUAUUUUUAAAAAGGCGGUCGUCCUCGCGUAAACAAAUGGGAGACUCGGCGAGGGCGAAGCGGCGGGACCAGCUGAAGCGCUGGUCCGGUUCCUACACGGACCUUUCGUCGGAUGUUCCCCGGCGGAGGCGGCCGUGCGAAGACGAGGACGAAGCCGGAGAAUCGGAGGCCGAGAGCGGCGAGAAGAACCACAGCAGCGAACUCCCCAAAAGACGGAAAAUCGUAAGGUUUGACAGGGCUGCAGAGUUCUUGGCUGCCUGUGCCAGUGGCGACACAGAAGAAGCCAAGGUGAUGCUUAAGGAGGCUACAGAAACCACAAGGAGGAACGGGGAGGAUUUGUCGGAUAUUAUCAACUGUUCCAAUGCUGACGGUAUUACUGCUCUCCAUCAGGCCUGCAUCGAUGGCAGCAUGGAGAUGGUCUCCUUUCUUUUGGAGCACGGUGCCAACGUGAACCAGAUUGACAACGAGGGAUGGACUGCGCUGCAUGUCGCUGCCUCCUGUGGCUAUCCUGAUAUUGCAGACUUCCUCGUUCAGCAGGGGGCGUCUCUCUCUGCUGUGAACUGUGAUGGUGACGUUCCUGUCGACAUUGCUCUGGAUGAGGCCACCGAAGCUCUUCUGCAGCAGCACGCGCUCAAACAAGGCUUGGACUUAGAGGCAGCUAAGAGGCUGGAGGAGGAACAGAUCAUGAGAGACGCCAGGACCUGGCUGACUGAGGGCCCGCCUUCAGAUGUACGACACCCCAGGACCGGGGCCACGCCGCUGCAUGUGGCUGCAGCCAAAGGCUACCUGGAGGCCAUCAAGAUCCUCUGUCAGUGUGGGCUGGAUGUGUCGAGCAUGGAUUUUGAUGGCUGGACACCCCUCCAUGCGGCGGCGCACUGGGGUCAGGGCGAGGCCUGUCGUGUUCUGGCUGAACAUCUGUGCAACAUGGGUGCCUGCAGCAAUGCGGGCGAGACACCGUUUGAUGUAGCUGAUGAAAGUGUUGAGGAACUUCUGAAAGAAUUAUCACAGAAACAAGCCAAUUGGCGUAACGAGCAGUCCAUGAUUGACAGGCAAAACCAACAAGGCUCCACGAGUGCCAACGCCCAAAACAAAAAGCGACGGAGCUCGGUAUGCAGGAUGAGCAGUAAAGAAAAGCUGAACAUUCCAGACCAGUCUAAAGAAAGGGGCAUCUCAGGAGGCCUGGAGCUGAGUGAGGAGAAAGACAGCAGCCCUGAAAGCUCAACGGUGUCCAGUCCAGACACAGAGAGUGUGACAACAUCCACAAUCAGUCCUGCGGACAAGACACCAGAGGAGAAAGAUGAGGAGAAGGAGCAGGACAAAGCGAGUCGCACAGCGAGAGUCUCGCCCACACCUCAGACGAGGGACGCUGCAGCAGAGAGUCCGAACGCCCCGAGUACUGACAGGCGCAAGUUUCAGGCUCCAGUCAGAGACGAAGAGUCCGAGUCUCAAAGAAAAGCUCGCUCUCGGUUGAUGCGCCAGUCUCGGCGUUCCACACAGGGUGUGACUCUGACGGACCUGAAAGAAGCGGAGAAGUCGAUUUCUAAAGCCGCUGACCAGCUGCCGCGCAGCAUCCAGUCUGUCAGCCCCAUCAUCGCCCUCACACCUGCUGAAAGGGAUACAGAUCCAGAACAGCAGGUGGAGCCAGAGGGAGAGAAGCGUCUGGGUGUAAAGGACAGGAGGAGGGGGAGGAGAGAGAGAUGCAUCGUCCAACCAGGAGGAGAGAAUGAAGAUGAGGAUGCCGACUUGGAUGACACAAAUAACAACACAUCAAAUGAGAAGCAACAGGACCAGGAGGACUCAUCAUCUGACUACAGGAUGCUUUACUUCAAGGUGCUGCAGGAGAACCUCAGUCUCAAGGACAAGCUGCAGGAGAUGGAGCUGCUGCUCAACCAGAACAAAUUGGAGCUGGAGAGGCUGCAACAGGUUGGGCAGAGUCACGACAGCAGCACCGACAGACCGGCCCUGCUGGAGCUGGAGAGAUUUGAGAAGUUGACCCUCCAGCGGAAAGCAACAGAACUGGAGGAUGACCUGAAGGUUCUUGGGGACCUCAGAGCAGACAACCAGAGACUCAAGGACGAGAACGCUGCCCUCAUUCGUGUCAUUAGCAAACUUUCAAGGUGAAAAUUAAAAUAUAUAUAGAUAUGGAUAUUAAAAAUAUUAAAGAAUUUUUCAUUUGCCCAUCAAAGUGGGAACAGAGACGACAGCAUAAAGCACCUUUCUCUUUAGGACCAACAACUUGUUGAACAGAAACUGGAACUCUUUGUUUUCAGGGUUAUUUUGUGUUUUGGGCUUCUUUGUUUUGGCAGAUCUACUGUACGACAAACUGAACAGCACCUUCUGUGGACUGAUUUUAUGCUCAUAUGACACAUUUUUGUAAUAUUAUUAUUACUUUUUUAUUCAGCUGUUUUUACCCAGCAGCUGUUCCUAUACAAGUUACUAGCCAUGCACCUGAGGGGGGAGUAGGGGGGUCUAGAAAAGACUGUAAACUUAACGUGCCAAAAAGCAGCCAGUUUUGGGAAAAACAAAUGGUCAGUGUUUCUCUCAGGGUAAGCGGGGCUGACGCAGUGUGUUGUAGCUCAGAGUCGGACCAAAUCUGCAUGUUUCCUCCCCGUUCCUCUUAAUAUGUAUUUAUUCCAUACGUCUUCAUAGUAAAAAGGACAGUAUUGGGUGUUCAGAGGGAUUUCAAAUGUUUGUUACAAACCCAUCAGAGCUUUCAAGCAGUCGUGGAGAAUGUAUGCACUGUCUUUAGUACUGUGAGUAGAACGGUUUCCCCAUCUGAACUGGACCUUAUUGUGAAUACCGACCUCCUGACCCUGAGAUGGGCACCUGUUAGUACUGAACAGGCGAGGUGGUUUCUCUCGAAUGUUCACUUAAGUUUUUGAAUAAGCAUGUUAAUUUGUAUUUUGAUUCCGUGCCUUUUGAUAUACAUUUUAAUAUUUGUAUUGUUUUGACAAACCUACACUGUCUAAUAUAAAACACAUUGUAAGCAGAA